AUGUCUGACACCGGUCGCAAGGACUUCAGCACUAAGGCCAAGGAGGAGAUGACUCCUGACUCCACCAAGUCCACUACGGACAAGGUUAAGGAGACCGUCACCGACACUGGUGACCGCGCCACUCGAGGUCUCCAGUCCGACGACAGCAAGAGCGGUACCCAGGAGGCCUUCGACAAGACCCAGCGUGCCCAUGAUGACAACAAUGGCGGCGCCACCAGCUCCAUUGGUGACAAGGUCAAGGAUACCCUGGGCAUGAACAAAUAA